AUGGAGACCUACCACGGACAUGUACGCACUCCUGCGGAUGCGAUUAAGUUAUUCGAAGCCUGCCGACUUGGUCUAUUACCUCGAGUACAAAGGAGACUAUCGGAGAAGGAAAGACAAUCAAUAAAGGCUGGAUCAGUAUUUGUUUGGGAUGAAAGGGAAGCUGGAAUGCGAAGAUGGACUGAUGGGAAAUCAUGGAGCGCAAGCAGAGUCUCGGGGAGCUUUUUAACAUAUCGGGAGAUGGAAGGAAAGAGAGGAGGUGGUCAAUUUGUACCACCGCCAGCACGGAGAAUGGCAGGAAAGACACCGGACAGUGGAAAGGGUAGCGACGACGAUCAAGAUAUGGACGGAGAUGGACCAGACGGGUACAGGUACAAACCUGAUGGGUUAAUGAAACAAUCAUUCAGUAUCACGACUUCGACUGGGCAUCAUCUUCAUUUAAUCAGCUACUACUUCUCGCGACAUCAUCCAAAUGCUCCCGAGCUUCCACAGCCUACAAGUGAUCCACAACUUCAGCGAAUUGUCCCUGAAAAGGGCAUGUAUCCAGAAUCCACAGUUCAUGAAGCUCAGGGUCCAGCUAUCACCAGAGCGCCAAUGCAACAAGGUCCUUAUAUGCAACAGCCACACCCACAUGUGCAUCAAUCUCAACAUCGAGUUUCAUAUGGGUAUCCUUCGGGAUAUGGCCCAUGGCCACCAUCGCCGGUUUCUACUCCCCCAUAUCAUCCUCAACAGAUGUAUUCAUCACAGCUUCCUCCGCCACCACCUGGGUCAAUGCAUCCUUCCCCUUAUCACAUGGCACCGGGACCUCCACAUACAUCCCCUUACCAAUCUCACCAGUAUAGUCCUCAUCACCAUCCUAGUCAUGCUCCUGGCAUGAUGGCACAUUGUCCACCACAACCAACAGUAUAUGAUCGACCUCCACCACCUCUCUCAAACUCUUCUUUGCCACCACCGCCCCCACACAAUUAUCAAAACAGUGCUCCUCCGCCACACCACCCAGCCUAUCGUCCCAGUCCUCAAGCUGAACAUGCUAGAAUACAAGCUGAACAGCAUGCACUGAUGGCGCAAAGAGCGUUACAAACAAGUGGAAUGAUUGAUCCAAGAUUGGCCCAAGCGCCGCCACUUCCACCAGUUAAUAUCGGACCCAACGGGGUUCAAAGAACAACUACUCCACCAAGGCAGGCGACAAUCUCCCCGGCUCGCACACCAAAGAGUCUCCAUGAACAAUCAGCCAAUUCUCCAAAUGGAACACCAAGUGGAAUUAGUAAAUCAGAGGCCCAAACAAAACCAUCCAUCUCGAGUCUUGUUCAUAAUACCGAUUCAGCAUGUGUUCUGGAGGAUAACAAAUCGAACAGUGGCAAUACUUCCAGACCCGGCUCAACUAGUCCAAGACAAAAUGGCAAGGUUGAAUCAAAGAUAGAUGAGGAAAAGAAAGCUUCGGGUGUUGCGAAUGGGGCAUCAGAAAUCGGACAAUUAAACGCAGGAAUUUCUGCCGCGGGACUUGGGUGUAAUGAAAGGGAAGAUCGAAGAGCCAUAAGUGUCUUGGAUCGGAAAUUUAUGAUCUAA